AUGCGGUGGUCUCAAUCGCUGCUCUGGCUGUGUGCCGCGUCCACGGUGGCCGCUCAGUCCACUGAGGGCAUUUACAAUCUCGUCCAGCGUCGACUGCCGAACCAUGCUGACAGCUUUCGUUUCACACUAGUAAAUGCUACCCAAGCUGCGAAUAGCUACGACCAGUAUGUCGUGAGCAGCGCUGCCAAUGGCACAGUUCUUGUGCAGGGUAGCUCACUCAGUGCAUUGUCUUCAGGCCUCCAUCGCUAUCUCACCGCUGUUGCCCACGUUGAUAUCUACUGGUAUAUUGGCAGUCGCCUGGACCUUGCGCCCGCCAAGCUGCCGCAACUUGCUAGUCCCAUCAGUGGCUCUAGCACUGUGCCGUGGCGUUAUCACUUCAACACUGUAACAUUCUCCUACACUGCUGCUUUCUGGUCAUGGGAAGACUGGGAGUUGCAACUAGACUGGCUUGCCCUCCGCGGCGUGAACCUGCCACUAGCCUGGGUGGGCUUCGAGAAAAUCAUGGUUGAGGUCUUUCGCGAAAUCGGUCUCACGGACGCGGAGAUUGCAACUUUUCUUAGUGGGCCGGCGUUCCAGGCAUGGAACCGAUUCGGCAAUAUCCAGGGGUCCUGGGGUGGAGACUUGCCCCAGCAAUGGAUUGAUGAUCAAUUUGCCCUGCAGAUACAGAUCGUGCAACGUAUGGUGGAGCUAGGGAUGACUCCGGUGCUGCCCGCAUUUACCGGCUUUGUUCCUAAUAACAUCACCCGUGUCAUGCCUAAUGCGAGCGUGGUGCGAGGCUCCCAAUGGUCGGAGUUUCCCAUUCAAUACACUAACGACUCGUUCCUCGAACCGUUUGACAGCCACUAUGCAGAGAUCCAGCGUACGUUCAUCCAUAAGCAACAGGCUGCCUACGGCAACGUGAGCCAUAUCUAUACGCUGGAUCAGUACAACGAGAACGACCCCUACUCUGGUGACCUGAGCUAUCUACGCAAUGUCACUCGUAACACCUGGCGCAGUUUGAAAGCGGCUGAUCCCCAGGCUGUCUGGAUGAUGCAGGGUUGGCUCUUCUAUUCCGACUCGGCCUUCUGGACCGAUCAGCGGAUUGAGGCCUAUCUCUCAGGUGUCGAGCAUAACCAGGACAUGCUGAUUCUAGACCUAUACUCGGAAUCAGCUCCAGUAUGGCAACAGACGAACUCCUACUAUGGUAAGCCUUGGAUUUGGUGUAUGUUGCACGAUUAUGGCGGCAACAUGGGCCUAUACGGGCAGAUCUUGAAUAUCACUCAGAACGUGACUGACGCGCGUCUCCAUUCGCCAUCAAUGGUCGGUUACGGUCUAAGCAUGGAGGGUCAGGAGGGCAACGAGGUAGUUUAUGACCUGUUCCUUGACCAGGCGUGGUCGACAACUCCACUAGACACGCAUAAGUACUUCCAUCAGUGGGUCACUAGCCGGUAUGCGGGCCUCAAAUUGAUUCCGGGGGAGCUAUAUGAGGCCUGGGACCUAAUACGCACCACUGUGUACAACAACACUGACCUGUCGUCCGCCAUCGCUGUGAGUAAGUCUAUCUUCGAGCUUCGGCCUAACACUGAGGGCCUCGUUGGGAUCACCGGCCACCAUCCUACCACCAUUAACUACGACCCAUCGGUGCUCGUGCACGCGUGGCGGUUGAUGCACCAAGCCGCCCACACAGAAUCACAACUCUGGACCAACCCAGCUUACGAAUACGACAUGGUCGAUGUGACGCGCCAGGUCAUGGCCAAUGCGUUCAUUCCGUUGUACAUGAAUCUAGUUUCUACCUACUACAGCUCGAAUUCCUCCUCAAGCGCCUUGACGGACGAAGGCGCAAAGCUCGUCCACCUGCUGAACGAUCUAGAUACCGUCCUUCUCACAAACCCCCACUUCCGUCUCUCGACAUGGAUCGACGCUGCUCGGUCUUGGUCCGGCGGCAACCAGAGCUUAUCCUCUUAUCUUGAGUAUAAUGCACGCAAUCAGAUCACGCUCUGGGGACCCCAGGGCCAGAUUAAUGACUACGCCUCGAAGUCCUGGGCUGGUUUGGUGUCCACGUACUACGUGCCCCGCUGGGAGAUGUUUGUGCAGUAUCUGAAUUCAACCCCGCCUGCAUCGUACAAUGUCACGGAGUGGGAGGCGCAACUGUUAGAUUUUGGGCUUCGGUGGCAGGAACAGACGUGGAAAGCUCCCGAGCCUUCGGGAGAUGCAACGAAUCUCCAGAAGGCGUUGGCAUAUGUGCGUGCCCAGUGGCCGUCAGUCUUUGAUGCCUGA